UCAGUGAUAUUUCUGCGUUUUAGUCGGGUUUUUGCGUCGGAUGUUCCUGAACUGCGUGCUUUUUAGUAGUUUAUAGUGCUAUUGUAGCUUUACUUAUUAUUUUUGCGAUUAGUUUCCUGCUUUCUAUUGCUUUUGUUUUUCGUUUCUUUGAAUUUAUAUCCCUGCAAUCCCGAUAAAAUGUCGAGCGUUCAGACUGAUCGACGUUUCACUGAACAGCGGGAAAUCCCCAUCAGACGUGUCAUGAUAACCGAUCCGAAUCAACUUCCGAGAGACAUCUCAGCAACUCCUAACGGAACCAUUUAUUGCACAACUCCUGGAGGCACUAGGAUCGUGUACGAUCGAUCGUUGCUCCUCAAGCUGAGCUGUUCACCAAUGACGAAGACACCGCCGUCGAACAUGAAGUUUAUUCCUGGAGUCACCGCCGGUGGAAUCCCUGUGGAAAGUCUGCCGAAGACUGCCUCCUCCAGACCUGUGAAAUCUCCUGCUCAACGCAAAGAUGACGAGCAUGAACAGCAGUUCGAAAUGGAUAUUUGAAAUGUUACUACGGGAAACCGAGCGUCCCUUUCCUUUUGUACAUAUUUGACUUGGACGGGACGUUUAUUCCUUGUAUUUUUUUCGUUAUAAUUUUUUGCCUUUGAAUGACGGAUGGGGGAACAUGGUUGGGACAUGGCCAGGUGGUGUGCCCGAUCCGUUGUCUACAUGGGUCACGAUGUUGGAAACACAUUCGCGUUCUUGUCGUCAUGGCCUUUUUUACCAAAAAAAUUUGAAAACUUGGCGCUUUCAUUGUGUUGCAUUUCUUGCUGGAUUGGAAUGGAAGAUUGGUAUACACCGACGCGAAAUGGCGAUGUUUUCAUUCGGACUGCCGAUUGCAUGACAAAUUUAUUAGACAUCGUGUCGCUUGCCCGAGUGCUCCCGUUCCAGAUGGAAAGAUAUAUUGUCAACUUACCACUGUUGUCUGUAAUUAUAACGCCGUGCAGACUGUUGAUUAUUAUCUUUCUUGUCGCACUUUGUUUGUACAGAUUGCGUACACAGCUCGCUCAGUAUUUUCUCCAUGCCUCAAAAAAAUUUUCACUGAUGUAGUUUUUCAGUCUUUUUGAUCGGGUACCCCAUGUACAAAGCACCCGUGUCCCCAAGUGAUAAAUUGUCUUUUUCAGUUUUUUUAAAGCUUGGUCAGAACAAGCAACAUGCGACAACAUCAAAUAAAACGGAACGAGACGUG